AUGCUUAGUUCAUUACGAAAAACUCAUCCUGUUUUGCAGAUUGUAAAUAGAGCAUUAGUUGAUUUACCAUCACCUGUUAAUUUGUUUAUUUGGUGAAAUUUUGGUUCUUUAUUAGGUUUGUGUUUAGUUAUUCAAUUGAUGAGGGGUAUUUUUCUUGCUAUACAUUAUACAUCAUGUAUUGAGUAUUCUUUUGAUUCUGUAAUCCAUAUUAUACGAGAUGUUAAUUAUGGGUGAGUAUUGCGUUAUAUUCAUGCUAAUGGGGCAUCUUUUUUUUUUAUUUGUUUAUAUAUACAUAUUGGUCGUGGUUUAUAUUAUGGUUCUUAUAUAAGUAUUUAUACUUGAAAUAUUGGGGUAUUAUUAUAUAUUUUGGUUAUAUUAACUGGGUUUGUAGGGUAUGUUUUACCUUGAGGUCAGAUAUCAUUUUGGGGGGCGACAGUAAUUACUAAUUUAGUAUCUGUUGUUCCAUAUAUUGGGGAGGUUUUAGUAUAUUGAAUUUGAGGAGGAUUUUCUGUUGAUAAUGCUACUUUGAGUCGAUUUUUUUGUUUUCAUUUUUUGUUUCCUUUUAUUAUUGUGGGGUUGGUUAUUUUACAUUUUUUGUUUUUACAUGAAGGGGGUUCAAAUAAUCCAUUAGGAUUAAAUAGAGAUUUAGAUAAGAUUCCUUUUCAUCAUUAUCAUACAUAUAAAGAUAUUUUGGGAUUUCUUGUAAUAUUAUUUGCGUUAGUUGAGUUAAGUUUAUUAUUUCCUAAUAUAUUGGGAGAUGCUGAGAAUUUUAUUCCUGCGAAUCCUUUAGUUACUCCUAUUCAUAUUAAGCCUGAGUGAUAUUUUUUGUUUGCUUAUGCUAUUCUGCGUUCAAUUCCUAAUAAAUUAGGGGGAGUAGUUAGUUUAGGAAUAUCUAUUGUUGUUUUGUUUAUUUGUCCAUUUUUACAUGUUAGAGGAUGUAUAGGUUUGUGUUAUAAUUUUUUAGGACAGUUUUGUUUUUGAUUUUUAAUUGGUGUAUUUUUUAUUUUAACAUGGAUUGGGAGUUGUCCAGUAGAAUAUCCAUAUGAAAUAAUUGGUCGUAUUUUUAGGGUUUUAUAUUUUACUUGUUUUUUAAUUCGACCUAUUUUAGAUAUAUUAUGAAUAUAUAUAUUAGAUUAUU